CGCUCAAGAAACAGAGAGACAGAAACAUGGACUUCCUGUGGGUUGCUACAGUCACUAUUUGUUUCAUGCCAGUUUUUCAUCUAGCAGAAUCUUACACUGCUCAUUAUGACAAGAUUUUGACCCACAGUCGAAUCAGGGCACGUGAUCAAGGGCCAAAUGUCUGUGCUCUCCAGCAAGUUAUGGGAACCCAUAAGAAAUAUUUCAGCACAUGCAGGAACUGGUACCAGGGAGCCAUCUGUGGAAAGAAAGCGACGGUUUUAUAUGAGUGCUGCCCUGGCUAUAUGAAGAUGGAAGGAGAACGAGGCUGUCCUGCAGUGGCUCCAAUAGACCACAUAUUUGGUACUUUGGGCAUAGUAGGAGCUACCUCCACUCAACGUUAUUCUGAGAUGUCGAAACUGAAGGAAGAAAUUGAAGGACCUGGCUCUUACACAUUAUUUGCACCAAGCAAUGAAGCUUGGAAUCUUUUAGAUCGUGAAAUCUACAAUGGUCUGAUUGAAAAUGUAAACAUCGAACUGUAUAAUGCUCUCCACAACCAUAUGGUAAACAAACGGAUGUUGACAAAGGACCUUCGGAAUGGCAUGACUCUGGUGUCUAUGUACAACAAUCAAAACCUGCAUAUAAAUCACUAUCCCAAUGGGGUUGUGACUGUUAAUUGUGCCAGAAUCACCCAUGGCAAUCAAAUUGCUACAAAUGGUGUUGUUCAUGUAAUUGAUCGUGUGCUAACUCCAGUUGGUAAUACUAUUCAAGACUUCAUUGAAUCUGAAGAUGAUCUCUCGUCUCUCAAAGCUGCUGCCUCUACAUCAGAUGUAAUGGAAACUUUAGGGAAGCCUGGGCAUUAUACACUUUUUGCACCUACUAAUGAAGCUUUUGAGAAACUUCCACGUGGAACCUUGGAAAGAAUAAUGAGAGACAAGGUGGCUUCUGAAGCUCUGAUAAAGUUCCACAUUUUAAAUACUCUUCAGUGUUCUGAAGCCAUCAUGGGUGGGGCAGUCUUUGAGACCAUGGAAGGGAAUACAAUUGAAAUUGGCUGUGAUGGUGAAAGCUUGUUAAUCAAUGGAGUCAAAAUGGUGAACCGAAAAGACAUUGUGACAAGUAAUGGUGUCAUUCAUCUCAUAGAUCAAGUGCUUAUUCCUGAUUCAGCUAAACAAGUUAUUGAACUUGCUGGCCCCCAUCAAGCUACCUUCAAGGACUUGGUGGCUCAGCUUGGCUUGGCUGCAUCUCUACGGCCAGAAGAAGAAUAUACCCUGUUAGCUCCAUUGAAUGGGGCUUUUUCUGAUGACACUUUAAAUAUGGAUCAGAGAAUCCUUAAACUGAUUCUGAAGAAUCACAUUUUGAAAGUGAAAGUUGGCUUGAAUGAUCUUUACAAUGGACAAUUCUUGGAAACACUAGGAGGAAAGAAGCUAAGGGUAUUUCUAUAUCGAACAGCUGUGUGUAUUGAAAAUUCAUGCAUGAUUCGAGGAAGCAAAGAGGGAAGAAAUGGAUUCAUCCAUAUUUUUAGGCAAAUAAUCAAACCAGCAGAAAGAACUCUACAUGAAAUAUUGCGAUCUGACAAACGAUUCAGCACUUUCCUUAGUCUUGUGGAAGCUGCAGGCUUAGAAGAGAUUCUGUCCCAGCCUGGUGAUUGGACUUUCUUUAUUCCAACAAAUGAUGCUUUCAAAGGCUUGACUGAACAAGAAAAAGAGAUUCUGAUAAGAGACCAAAAUGCUCUUAGGAAUAUUUUGCUUUAUCAUUUGAUACAAGGAGUUUUCAUUGCAAAUGGAAUUGAACCUGGUGUGACUAGCAUUCUUAAAACUAUCCAAGGUGGCAAACUAUAUUUGAAAAUGAUAAAUGACACUCUUCUGGUAAAUGAACUGAAAUCAAAAGAAUCUGAUCUCAUGGCAACUAAUGGUGUGAUUCAUGUCAUAGACAAGCUUCUGUAUCCUGCAGAUAUGCCAGUUGGAAAUGAUCAGCUCCUUGCAAUUCUCAGAAAAUUGAUUAAGUACAUUCAGAUCAAGUUUAUCCGUGGUAGCACAUUUAAAGAAAUUCCACUAACAUUUUACAAUAUUAAAAAGAUUACAAGGGUAGUUGGUGGUUCCACAAUUCGAAAGGAGAUUGAAGUGCCAUCCAUUACAAAGUUCACCAAAGUGAUUGAAGGGGAGCCAGAAUUUAAGCUGGUCAGGGAAGGAGAGACAAUAACUAAAGUGAUUCAUGGAGAGCCUAAAAUUAAAAAAUACACAAAAAUAAUUGAUGGGCAUCCUGUGGAAGUGACUGAAAAAGAGGUGACUGAAGAAAGAAUUAUUCAAGGCCCUGAACUGAAAUAUACUCGAAUCACUGCUGGUGGAGGAACAGAUAAUGAAGAGACUCUUAAGAAAUUGCUAGAGGAAGAGGUUACCAAGGUGACUAAACUCCUUGAAGGUGAUGGUCAUUUACUGGAUGAUGAAGAAAUCAAACGACUCCUCCAGGGAGCUGGAUCUGAGUACACUAAAGUUACUAAAAGGAUUGAAGGAGAGCCACAGAUUAUUGAAACAGAAAUAAAGAAAAUUCAUCUGGAAGACAUCCCAGUAAGAAAAGUACAGUCAUCUAGAAAGGCACAAGGAUCACUACGGAGAAAAACAAGACUUGUUAGACCUGGCACAAGAAGACAAAAUCCACAGAAAGAGAACUGAAAAAGCUUUGAAAAAUUUAAACAAAUUUUAAAAA